UGAUGCCGAACACACAACAUCAUGUUGCCAUUAUCAUUAUUAAGGACAGCUGUCAAUCAUCCUAUGCUUGUUGAAUUAAAGAAUGGAGAGACAUAUAACGGUCAUUUAGUCAGCUGUGAUAACUGGAUGAACAUCAAUUUGAGGGAAGUCAUUUGUACAUCUAGGGAUGGUGAUCGGUUUUGGAGAAUGCCCGAAUGUUACAUCAGAGGGAGCACCAUCAAAUAUCUCAGAAUACCCGAUGAGGUGAUAGACAUGGUUAAGGAGGAGGUCAUCCAGAAGUCAAAGGGCAGGGGAGAGAUGAGGGGUCGAGGGGGCCCCCAAAGGGGCGGUCGUGGAGGAAGAGUGCUAAAGGCUUUGCUUUGUAUGGUGCAUUCGGAAGCAGGGGUGGGGGACGAGGAGGUGGGCGUGGGGGGCAGCAGAGGCCCGGCAAGGGUAGGGGAGACUGACAAUGAGGCCCCAAGAAGGGAUGUGAAAGUGAUUCAUCUAAUGGUGUGCAUUCAAGAGGACACAUCGAAAAGUGUCAUCCCCGAAGAGAGAGAAUGUGACAUCGCAAACAAAAAUCCUUCUAAUUUGAAUUCCUUCCUGUGGACGCUAAAGAGAGAUCCCCCAUCCUACUUUUUUGGCACAAUACAUGUUCCCUACACAAGAGUAUGGAACUUUAUACCAGAGAACACCAAAGUGGCCUUUGAAGAAUCAGAAGACAUUGUGUUUGAGCUGGAUUUAACAAAUCCAUAUACAAUUUCUGCAUUAGCCAAUUGCCAGCUUCUCCCGAGUGGAAAAACUUUGGAUAGUAUCCUCCCAGAGGAUAUUUAUGUUCGACUUAAAGACCAUAUUCAGUAUGUGAAGUCCAUGCUGCCAUCAUGGAUGACUGCGGAUCAGAAAGGGAUGGGGCUGUAUGCAGACUAUUUGUUCGACAUCAUCGCAGGAAACUGGGAAAGGAAGCGUCCAAUUUGGGUGAUGCUAAUGGUGAAUUCUUUAACAGAAAAUGACAUUAAAUCCAGAGGUAUUCCAGUUCUGGAUCUUUAUUUGGCACAGGAAGCGGAAAAAAUGGGGAAAGUGACCGGUGCAGUGGAACGGGUGGAGGAACAGUGUGUUCCACUCAAUGAACUUGAUUUCUCUCAGGUUUUGUUUGCGUUGAAUCAAACACUGUGGCAGCAUGAGGUUUCACGGUCCAGAAAGAACGCUGUUCACUAUACCACAGACGACCUCAUUCACCACUACAACUGUGGCGACCUUAAUUCAAUUAUAUUCAACCACGAUACGGCACAAGUGCCGAACUUGGUCAAUAGCUCACUACCCCCUCAAGAUCUUCAGACUGCGAAAAUGAUUGAUGAAUACUUCCGAGACGAACUGAUCAACAAACGCAACGAGAGGAUGACAGACAGAGUCAUCAACCUUUUGAAAGCUCACCCCCAGAAAAGCUUUUUCUUCGCUUUUGGGGCUGGGCACUUUCUGGGCAAUGAAACUGUGAUUGACAGAUUGAAGAAGCAGGGGUAUUCCAUAGAGCACAUCCAGCAUGACGACAGCAUUCCAAGGUCUAAGGGAAAGAAAAGAAGAAAGCUAAGGAGAAAGAAAAAAGAGAGAAAACAUUACUUCCAGUCAGUAGAAAAUAUAUGGCUACCCAUGGACCCCAGUAGAAGACCAUGGAUGGACCAACUUAACAAAAAAACCAGGAAGCAAGCCAGAGCCCGUGAAACUCCAUUUAAUGAUUUAUGGAUUCGUAUAGACAACAAAAAUCCAGGGCUUAUGACAGAACUGGCAGAGAGGUUUCGUCAGAGUUCAAACCAGACCCAGCCCCAAACCCAAAAGAGUCAAGUUUAUUAUCAACAGGAAGCGAAAUCCCUGUCACACAUCAUCCACAGUGACUUGAUAUUAUACAUUGUCAUGGUUACGAUAUUGUUAUUUUCUUGACAGUGAAGAUUUCUCUCUUUACUGCUAACAUUAUAAGUUAUUAUUUUUUUACUUGUCUUUCAACUGGGGUACAUUUAAUGUUGUGUUCAUCCUUGUUUUAACUAAAUAUUAUACAUAGUAUGGUUGGUUUCCAAGAAUCUGUAACAGGAACCAUAACUCUUGUUAAAGUUGAUGCACUGAGAA